AUGGCUCCUGUUCCCUUUACGCCGAAGAGGCCAAGCUCUUCAAUGCCAGCACCGACGCCAUUGACGGCGAGGAGAUUCAAAGCUAUGAUCUCGUCCGAGUCGAAGAUACGUUCCACCAAGACACCUCUCUCCAUCGUACCCGGUACACCCAUGAAACUCUCGCCCUCGAAUUCCAGUUCUUCAAUACAGAGUCGACCUCGUACACCAAACACGCCGCGUAGCAAGUCGAGGGGACCCCCGGACGAUGAUGCGUUGAUAAGUGAGAUGGAUGUAACCAGAGUCGAUCCGGAGGAAGUCUUGGUGGACUAUCAGACUAUUGAAAAUGAUCCAGCAGAUAUGUCUGCUGAAAUAGAUGAAGCGUGGAUUCGGCAAUCUUUGAUCGGCGAGAGCUCUCAUGGUAAAGAAGAUAAGGUCAUGGUCUCCGUCAGGGUGCGAAAUGCAGAGGGCUCGUCGGCUUGGACGGCUGACCCAUCCAGUAACACCCUCAAACUUGAUCCUUCAUGUUCAAAACAUGCUGCAAACCCCUCAACAUCCGGUUCAUUCACUUUCGACGCGAUCCACACGGGAACACCUAACAAACCAAUAUAUCACAUAUCUGCACGAUCUCACGUCUAUGCUGCCAUGGAUGGCUACAACGCUGUCGUAUUCGCCUACGGGCAGACCGCCUCAGGCAAGACUUUCACCCUAUCGGGGACAAAUGAGGAGCCAGGGAUUAUUCCGCGCGCAAUGAGGGACGUAUUUGGAUACAUCAAGAAAACCUCCGAGAGGGAAUACCUUCUGAGGUGCUCGUACCUAGAGAUAUAUAACGAGACCAUCGUGGACCUAUUGGCACCCCCUUCGACUACGGGCUCGAAUGUUGUUCAAAUUCAGGGUACCGGGCCCACUCUACAUCUAUCACCGCUCCGCGAGGAAGUGGUCACGUCGCUCAAAGCCGUUAAAGAAGUACUGAAAAGAGGAGAGGGAAAUCGCAGGACGGCAUGCACAGACUGGAACGAAAGGAGUAGUCGAAGUCAUAGCGUGUUUCGUGUUGUCAUCGAGAGCCGCGAGCGAGAUCAAGAUGCUGGCCGUCAAACACCUGGAGCUGGUGGUCGUCAGACACCCGGCUUAGGCGGCCGGCAAACACCCGGUCUGAAUGGGCGACAAACGUCUGGCCCAAAACUUCAGGCAAGGGGAGGGCGAAGUGUGCAGUCUUCUGUUUUGAGUUUGAUUGAUCUCGCAGGCUCGGAGAAGGCGACGAGUGACAAGGAAAGGACGAGAGAAGGAAAGUACAUCAAUACUAGUUUGCUCACACUAGGGACUGUCAUUGGAACAUUAUCGGAAAACGCUGUCAAGGGAAAGGCUGACCACGUCCCAUUCCGGAACUCGAAGUUAACACGUCUUUUGCAACCGUCACUAUCUGGAAACGCUCGUAUCAGUGUGAUCUGCACUAUCAAUCCCGAUGUUAACGCUGUCGCCGAAAGUACUAGCACUCUGCUUUUCGCUAAGCGUGUGAAAGGCGUCCAGCUGCAUGCACAGAAGAAAGAGAUCGUCGAUACGGAUGCGCUCAUUGAGCGAUAUCAGAAGGAGAUCGAGGAACUCAAGCGGCGAUUGGCAGAACGAGAAGCCGAAGCCCCAGUCAGAAAUCGACGACUUUCCGCACGAGAGCAAAUCGAUGAAUCCAAAGCCAUGAGAGACCUCAACUCGAGGAUCCAGCAAUUGACGAAACUCAUUUUGACGAGUCAGAAUGUCGAAGAGAACGCUGGCGAUGCCUCGAGGCCGGCAAGCCCGGUCAAGAUUGACUUCGACAUGUCUCCAUAUCAGCUGCAACAAGAACUUCUCAAUGCACGGCUCCAACUAGAAUCACAGGCUUCACAGAUACUUUCUCUUGAAGCUGCUCUCCUCGACCGUUCGCCGCUGUCACCAUCAGCAACAGAAAGCGAGAAGGAUAAACUGAUCACGGAGCAGGCUAAGACUAUCCGAGAACUUGAAAUAGUUGUGAAGGGCUACGAAGAUAACCUUGGCGAACCGCUGAGGCAAGUCAAGGAGGACGUGGAGAAGGAGUGGUCGGACAAGGUGAGGCAGGAGAAGAAAAAGAAGGAAGAGAGCGAGCGGUGGGCUGAGGAGUUGGUUAAGCAAUUGGAGAAAGAGAAAAAGACGCGUACAAAAUUGGAGGAAGAACGUAGGGCACUUGCUGCAUUCGUCAGCAAGUUUGAUUCGUUGGGGCUGGGCGGGUUCGCGACAAGCAUUCCUACUCCCGCGAGACCAACGUCAGCACUGUCUGAGCGAAAAGUAAAUCGUUUACCAAUAUUUCCACCUUCGCGAGCGUUGCCCGUAAUGCAGGAAGAGGAUGAGAUGGCUCUCGUAGAGGCUCAGCUUGCGGAUACCGAGCUAGUCGACGCGUCUCCCCUACGCGGAGACUAUCGAGGCCAACCUAGUCUUCUUGAGCAAGCUAUGCCCGGCGAAGAGGAUUGGAGUAUGCUGAACGAAGUAAGUUUCGAAGCAGAGGUUGAUGUCGGCGUUAGCACUGAAGUUGGUCCGGCUGUGAUGCCCUCCAAAGGUGCGAAGGGGGAGCAGGGUAAAUCCCGGUUGCAGAAUGCGGGCAAGGAGAACUUGCCGUGCUAA